GCCAAAGAGAAGGUGUACGUUUAUGUUGGCAAAAUGUGGCUCCGGGCUGUACAAUUGCUUGUCUUGCUGGCACUGACUGGCCGUGGGGAGAGUCAGGACCGACCAACCAUUAGUACGUCCGGUGGCCAGGUACAGGGAACGACCGAAUCGUGUGGUCUGUUCUGCACGUACUAUUCCUUCAAGGGCAUUCCGUAUGCAGAGCCACCGGUCGGUGGGUUGCGUUUUGCAAACCCGGUACCGCACGGUGGAUGGUCUGGAGUGCGUGAUGCCAGCCAGCAUGGCAGUAGCUGUCCCUCGCCGGAUGCUCUACCAACCGAGGCCGAAGAUUGUCUGUUCGUGAACGUCUACAGUCCGUCAGUGAUUGGAACGCGCCCAGUGAUGGUGUUUGUGCACGGUGGUGCAUACAGUGGCGGUUCCGGUGAUGAUGCGCUGUACGGAGCGAGGUACUUCAUGCCGGAGGAUGUGGUUAUCGUGACGUUCAACUAUCGGCUGGGUGUGCUCGGGUUCCUAAGCACGGGUGAUAACAGUGCGUCCGGCAACUGGGCCAUUAAGGAUUGUGUCGAAGCGUUACGGUGGGUGCAGAGCAAUAUUGUCGCCUUUGGUGGCGACCCAAACCAGGUAACAGUGUUCGGACAAUCGGCCGGUGGUGCAAUGGUACACUUCCUGACCCUGUCGCCACUUACGGCUGGAUUGUUCCAGCGCGCGAUCACUCACAGCGGAUCGGCUAUUAACUCCUGGUCGCUGCAAUCGAAUCCACGCGCCGAAGCUAACCGAUUGGCGACAGCGCUCGGUAUCUCCACAGCCGAUACGGCCGCAAUGGUGGCGGCACUGCGACAGGCUCCCUACCGAAACCUGAUUGCCCAGCAGCAAGGUUUGAACUCGCAGGGUGUUCCACUGCUGCUUCGACCGGUAGAUUUUGGUCCCGUCGUCGAACCAGCCAACGCACCCGGUCCCAUUGCACUCGACAGAUUGCCGAUCGAGCUUCUCGAUAGUGGAUCGUACCGUGCCGUACCGCUGAUGGCGGGCUAUGUCGACAUGGAUGCGCUGCUGUUUUCUGUCGCCGAGAUGAUUACUAAUCCGGGCAUCUUCGAUCAGUUCAAUAACAAUCCUCAUUUUUUGGUGCCAUUUGUGUGGAACAUUCCGGAGGGUAGUGCAGCAUCUACGGCUGUUAGUCAAGCGUUCCGGCAGUACUAUUGGCAAAGUCAACCGCUGAGCCCGGCCAUACUGAACGAGUUCUCCGUCUAUCUUACGGACCAUCAGUUUGCGUAUCCGCAGCUCGAAAUGGCCAAGCGGCAUGCGGCUCGAUCGUCGGUAUAUCUGUACCAGUUCGGGUACGAUGGUGAUCUAAACUUGGUGAAACAGUCUUUCGGCAUUACGCUACCGGGUGCGGUGCACGGUGACGAGCUAUGCUAUCUGUUCGAACCAUUAUCGUUCGGCGCUGGAGAGCUGCCCGUUACGAGCCAUGCUGUCACGGUACGCCAGCGUAUGGUACAUCAGAAUCGCUUCUAGAUGUCCCACGUGAAGAUCUUGCGAUUCAAUCAAUGCACGAGUGGAAGGAUGGUCAAGCUGUUUCGACGCUGGGGCUGGUUUGGGAACCCGCCAACGAUUCGUUUUCCUUCAAGGUUGGCCUUCCACAACCAGCUGAAGUAUUAACGAGAAGCUUGAUCUUGUCGUACACGGCAAGCAUAUUCGACCCACUUGGUUUGUUGGGUCCGACAAUCAUCAUCGCGAAAGUCUUUCUACAACGUUUGUGGAGUUUGAAGGAGAAUGGAAAGGCUUGGGAUUGGGAACGUGCACUGCCCGGUGAGCUUCAACAAGAGUGGAGAAGCUUUCAUUCAACGUUAUAUUCGCUACGCGAAUUAAGAGUGCCACGUUUUAUCUCCCAACCUACAACGGUCAGCUUGCAAUUGCACGUCUUCGCUGAUGCGUCACAAAGUGCAUAUGGUGCGUGCUGUUAUGUACGCGCAGAAUCGACGGACAACAUUGUGACGGUGCAAUUGUUAGCAGCGAAGUCGAAAGUGGUUUCAUUGGCGAAUACGCACUCGAUCGCCAGGUUGGAAUUGUGCGCCGCACGAUUAGCAACCCAACUGUUCCAGAAGGUGAGUCGAACGUUACCGGCAUCUACGAUGGCCUUUUGUUGGACCGAUUCAAUGACGGUAAUGUAUUGGCUGGAUUCUCCACCACGUCGAUGGAAACCAUUUGUCGCCAACCGAGUGGCGCAGAUACAGGAAGAAACGCGGAUAGCUGAGUGGCGUCACGUUCCUGGUUGUGAUAAUCCAGCAGACGACAUAUCACGGGGUCUGAAGCCGGAGGAGCUGCUUAAUUGUGAACGUUGGUGGCAUGGGCCUCGUUGGUUGGCUUACAGUCAUGAUGCAUGGCCAAAUCAUCCACCAGCAGUGAAGGAGAAUGACGGUGUCAUCGAAGAACGGGCGACGGCGUCACGGAUUGUCACAGUUUCUACGAGGUGUGAGUUCCGUGACAAACUGUUCGAGCGAUACUCAUCAUACUACAGGCUGAGACGAGUUGUAGCUUAUUGUUUACGCUUCAUGGAGUGCAUCAAGGGAGCCAACAAAUCAUCGAGAGUAAGCUGCAAGGAUGCGCCACACAUCGAGGAGAAGAGUGUUCCACCGCUUACAGCCACGGAACUACGUCGGGCC